AGGUGGUGCGGUGCCCCGCCCCGGGUGUGCGCGAGGCGGCGGCGCGUGGCAGCGGCUCGGCGGGGCGCGCGCGGGCCGGGCCCCGACCCGCCAUGACCGACUUCAAGCUGGGCAUCGUGCGGCUCGGCCGGGUGGCCGGCAAGACCAAGUACACGCUGAUCGACGAGCAGGACAUCCCGCUGGUGGAGAGCUUCUCCUUCGAGGCUCGGAUGGAGGUUGAUGCUGAUGGAAAUGGUGCUAAAAUCUUUGCUUAUGCCUUUGACAAGAAUCGUGGGAGAGGAUCUGGCCGUCUCCUGCACGAGCUGCUCUGGGAGAGACACCGGGGAGGGAUUGCUCCUGGAUUCCAGGUGGUACAUCUGAACUCGGUGACCGUGGACAACCGCCUUGACAAUCUGCGCCUGGUUCCUUGGGGGUGGAAACCCAAAGCUGAAGACAUCUCUAGUAAACAAAGGGAACAAAGUCUGUACUGGCUGGCAAUCCAGCAGCUUCCGACAGAUCCUAUAGAAGAGCAGUUCCCUGUACUGAAUGUGACGCGAUACUACAACGCUAACGGGGAUGUGGUGGAGGAGGAAGAGAACUCGUGCACAUACUAUGAAUGUCACUACCCCCCAUGCACAAUGAUUGAAAAGCAGCUACGUGAAUUCAACAUCUGUGGCCGCUGCCAGGUAGCGAGGUACUGUGGGUCCCAAUGCCAGCAGAAGGACUGGCCUGCUCACAAGAAGCACUGUCGGGAGAAGAAACGGACCUUCCAGCAGGAGCUGGGACCAGAGCGAUGACCGGGCGGCGCAGGCCUCUUAGCAGCAGGAUUCCUUCUCCAAGGCAUUGGACUCUUGCUUUUGCACAGUAACAGACUGCUUAUUGAAGCCAGAGGCACUGAAGAAGAAAAACCCUGUGAUGCUUGAGCAGAACGGCUGACUGGACUGAGCCAGCUCUGACUGGUGCUGUGGGAAGGGGUUGGGACAACCCUUUCCAGUAUUAUAUUCUCAAGCAAAAAGACUACUGUGGAGGCUCCAGGCAGGAAGCUUCUCGUUAUUUAUAUGUUAAUACGUUUGUAAACUCAUGUACAGUUUUUGUUAGAAAUUCUUGCUAGGACUCAUUAACUGUAAUGUUCAGAGAACACGUUGUUGGCCUCAAAGUUUAAAAGGAAAAAAAAAAAAAAGUCACGUAGCAAAAGCUUUUCCUCCCAUGUGGCUGCAGUAGCUGUGGCAGUGCCGAGGCCUGAGGCAGGCCCCGGCCUCAGCAGUUACUCUGGAGAACUCUGCAUGGAAGUUAUAUUUAAAAAUAAAAUGGGAGGGGGGAGCAAACCAAGUAAAGGUUGGAAUGAA